AUGCUUCUUUGUAAUGAACAAGAAGAACAAUAUAUACUCGGUCGUUGUCAAUUAUGUGCAGAUAAUUUUGAUAAUAAUGUUAUUGAAAAUACUACUAAUCCAACUAAACGUAUUCAAUGGUUUCAGAAUAAAUUGGAUAAAAUAAAUAUAGAAUUCCCUCAAGAUACUCGUGGUAUUUAUCAAUUAAUACAAGAUGAAAUUUUUCUAAAAGAUUCUGGUCGACGAUAUUUAACCUUUAUCUAUGGUGGAUUUUCGCAUGAGCAAAUGAUGAUACUUCUGUGGUGCUGGAAUACGGAUUCAUUUAUAACUUAUGUGAGACAUCACCCAUAUUCGUAUUAUCAUUUAUUUCCUACGUUAUCAGUUUCUCCAUUAUUUCAUUAUUCAUUUUUAUUAAAUUACAGAAAUAAUGAUAGUCUUGCACAGAAGCCAGUUAUCUAUGCUAAACGAUUUAUUGAUCAUAGUUUUGGAGAUUUUCUUAUAAUGUUUAAAGAACGUCAAACACCUCCAGAUCCAGAUGUACCUUCAAAUGAAGCUCAUUUUGAAAGAAUUUCAUUCAAACAAUUAGUUCGUCAAGGUACGAAUUUAUCUAAAGAACUGAAACGCGAAGCUCAAUAA